AGAAUCUCCCGCUCCUUCCGCUGGUCUUUUUAAACGGAGGCGGGAACUUCACUUCCUGUUCUCUCAGUCAGCUCCUCUCUGUUGUUCCAGAGUCUAAACCUCCACAGACUUUAAACACGCUGUCAUCAUGGUGAGGACUAAAGCCGACAGUGUCCCGGGGACUUACAGGAAAGCUGUUGCAGCCUCUGCACCUCGCAAGUCUCUCGGCGCCAACUCAGCCAACGCCUCGGCCUCCUCCAGCAGCCAGUGCGCCACACCUGCUAAGGGUAAGUACGCCGGUGGGAACCCCGUGUGUCCUCGUCCCACGCCGACCUGGCAGAAAGGAAUCGGGGACUUCUUCGGCGGUCCCCCAAGGAAGCCGGAGAAGGAGAACCAGAGUCCCCAGGAGGUAGAGGAUGGUGAAGAGGCCGGAGGAAGUGGCACCUCGAAGGCCAGCAGGAAGUCCAGACCUCUGCCUGCUGAGGAAGAGGAAGAUGAAUAAAGAUGAUGAUGAAUGAAUUCCUGAAUAUUUGUUGCCUGAGUGUCAUUUCCAUGUAUAUGUGUAUAUAAUUUCUGUAUAGUUCAAUAAACCUUUUAAUGUUUUUUA